UUCUAGUCUUCCCUCCCACUUCCUGCCCACCGCCCCCCGGCCCCCGUUAUGUUAAGUAGCAGGCGGCCUGCUUUCUGUCCGCCACUCUGGCCUCCUUGGGUUUCAAGUCCAAACAUGGUGAUCCUUGCGGGACGCUAGGAUGCCCCCUCCCCCUGAGCAGAGAGAGAGAGAAGGGGACACAUGAUGAGCGCAGAGUCCUGGUCCGACUGCCCUUCUCCACGCUCUUAAGGUCUCCCAGCUUGAUGGAGCGACCCUAGCAGAUCUUUGCUACGCGACUUCACCUGGUUCUGCCACCAUGAGCGAGGAGGACUGGACCCUGCUGGACCACCUGUUCUCCGCACCCGUCUGUGACGGCUGGAGCAACAGGACGGAGGGGGCCUUUUACCAGCUGGGCCACAGCAUGCUGUUCCUGGGCUACAUGGGGGGUAGCGGGGCGUACGGCUGCCUCUUCCUCUUCGGCUUCCUGACCCCCUCCUACGUGUGCCUGACCCUGUGGGGCUGCCUGAGCGUCUGCGGCCUGGACGUCACCGCCUGGAACCUGCUCCUGCUGCUGGCCUGCCUGGGCCAGAUCUGCCACCUCCUGUGCCGCCUGCACCAGGAGGGCCUCCGCGGCGAGGAGCUGAGCGCCCUCUACCGGGCCGUCUACCUGCCGCUGGGCGUGCCCGUCCAGGUCUUCAAGGAGAUCGCGGGCGCCUUCGAGAACAGGGUGCAGUUGCUGAAGGCCGGGGAGAAGUACGCCGUGGAAGGCAAGACGCCCAUCGAGCAGCUCUCCUUUCUGCUGUCUGGCAGGGUCAACGUGUCGCUGGAGGGUCAGUUCCUGCACUACAUCCACCCACACCAGUUCCUGGACUCCCCCGAGUGGGAGUCUCUCAGGCCCAACGAGGACGGAAAGUUCCAGGUCACGCUGACAGCCGAGGAGGACUCGCGCUACAUCUCCUGGCGCCGCCGCCGCCUGUUCUCGCUGCUGUCCAAGGAGCGCUACGUCGCCCGUCUCUUCUCCGUCAUGCUGGGCUUGGACAUCGCAGAGAAGCUCUACAACCUCAACAACAAGCUCUACAUCAAGAGCGGCGUGCUGCUGGACAUCCGCCUGCCCAGCCUCUACCACGUGUUGGCGCCCUCCUCGCAGAGCAGCGAGGGCGGGAGCGCCAACGACGGCGGCCCCCGGAAAGAGCAUCAGUGGGACUCGCCGGAUCUAGACCGACCUCAACCACGGCAACAGAAGACCCCGUCGGACGGACCCCCGCGGCGUGACCACGACCAGAACCCGUGGGCGUCGGACCCCGAGCUACCCUCCGGUGAGGACUCUACCAGCCUGGUCCUGGAGGACUUUGCUGAUGUGGCGGGCUCCUUGAUGGACUAUGGCAGUGAGAGGGAUUAUUUGAGGUAGCGGGGCAGGGUUCCGGAGCUAACACACUGGGUCACCGCUUAAGCUACAUCAGGGGGCGACGGCGACACGACUCCAGCGCCCCGCUUCCAGAGGAGCGUCAGGGCGCCGCUCGCGCCGACCGACACGCCCAAAUUGUGACGACUCAGCACAGCAAGGUUUUCUCCAUCCCUGUCUCCUUUCUUCUCACAACUUCAACAUUUGGACCACUUUUCUUUCUUUUUUUUUUCUUGCUUCGCUUUUCAGUGGGACUGCAAAGUUACUUUUUAUUUGGUGUCACUUUUUAUUCCGCACAUUUCUACGUCAGCGGGGCCAACUUUUGUCCAUAAAGCUUUUCCUGUGCAGUCGGACCCGCCUACUUCCUGUCACAUGACCACGCCCCCCUCACAACUCACAAUCAACUUCCUGAUUUGGCAUUAAAGUUUGUUCACUUCCUGUGCGGCGAGGAAGGAAAAUGUUAUUUUUUUUAAAAAUGCUAAAUGCUCAAAAACAAGUAGUAAAAAAGAAUAAAUACGGUAGUCAACAUUUAUUUUUUUUAAUUAAUGCUUAAUUAAUUAUUUUUUAUUAAAUAUGUCAUUUAGAAAUGUAUUCACACAUAUUAUUACAUAAUGUCAUGUAAAUAUACAUGAUUAUUUUAAGUCUACUACUAAACUACAGUAUAUUUC